AGAUUGUCUUCCAAAUUAAAUCGUUCGUUAGAUCUGGGAUAUAUCAAACUCUAGGGUUUCAGUUCAUGGUACUGAAUUGCUGAAUUCAAAUUUGUUUCGACCGUUAUAAAUUAUUUGAAAUGCAUAUUGCUGUAGAUCCUGGGCGUGCAUCAGCUGACUUCGAGUUCGAAUUUAGUGUCCGGAAAGAGGUACAAGAUUUUAGGGCUUCAGUCAAUCAAAGGUGGUAUGGUAUAGAAUCCAAUGCUUAGUCGAAGUCCUGCCUUCUUUUAGCUAGGCGGGAAAGAAGUACAUCAAUUGCUGAGGAAGGAACAUGAUGGAUUGCAACAAGGAUGAGGCUGUUAGGGCCAAGGAAAUAGCAGAGAAGAAAUUUUCAGACAGGGAAUAUGCUGGUGCUAAGAAGUUUGCUCUCAAGGCUCUAAAUUUAUAUCCUGCACUGGAUGGUCUUUCACAGUUUUUGACCAACCUUGAUGUUUAUAUCUCUGCUGAGAAUAAAGUUAGUGGAGAAAUGGAUUGGUAUGGUAUACUGGGAGUGAACCCCUUUGAUGAUGAAGAGACAGUUAGAAAACAGUACAGGAAGCUGGCUCUCACUCUUCACCCGGAUAAAAACAAGUCUUUAGGUGCAGAGGGUGCAUUUAAGCUGGUUUCAGAGGCAUGGAGUUUGUUGUCAGAUAAAACCAAGAGACUAGAAUAUAACCUGAAGAGGAGUUUGAAAGGUUUUCAACAUAAAACACCUAACCAUGCUGGAUCUCAAUCAGAAGUACCUGGUUCAAAUGGUUUUUAUAAUCUUAACAAGAAUGUAACUUCAAAUGUGAGGGCUGGAAAUAGUAAUUCCCAGGCACGCCAUGGCUCGGCUCCUCGUCCACAGAAGAAGGCUGACACCUUUUGGACUAUUUGUAAUCGAUGCAGGACUCAUUAUGAAUACCUUAGGGUUUAUUUGAAUCAUAGACUUCUAUGUCCCAAUUGUAAUGAGGCUUUCUUGGCUAUAGAGAAGGAGCCACCUCCCAACUAUUUCAAAUCAGCAAAUUGGUCUUCUCGCCAGCAGCAUCAAAGUUCUCGACAUCACGCUUCAAGUAAUAAUCAAGCUAAUGCUGGAAAAAACUUUACAGUUUCUCAAAAUUCAGAAGCCAUUGGUACUUCAGGCAUGUCGUCAUAUGGUAAAGCAAGUUAUCAAUGGGGUCCUCACUCUAGCAUGGCUGGUUUUGGUGGUAUGGAUGGAUCAUCGUCUGUUGCUGCUCAAGCUGCAAGUGUUGUGCAGCAGGCUAGUGAGAAAGUCAGAAGGGAACGUGAGGGAGCACCGUCAAUUGCUGAAUGGGAGAGGAGUCAAAUGUCUAAGAGGACUGAUGGUUCUUUUCAUAAAGGGGAGAAAUCUUGGAAGAAGAGAAGGACAGAUGAUAUCGGUAUGAAUGGUAUUAAAGGAUACAUGGCAAACCAUAUGACCGCGGGACAAGGAGCAGCUGGUAUGGGAUAUGCUUCUGAUUUGAGAAAAGCUAACUGGGAAACUGAAAGAAGCUAUGGUUUCUCAGGCAUGAAGCCUAACAGUACGAGAGAGUUGUCAUUGUUUGAAAUCCGAAAUAUGUUGGUGGAUAAAGCACAAAGUGAAAUUCGCAAGAAACUUGAAGAAUGGAAAUUGGUGGCGCAAUCUAAGAUCACAAGCAAGUCCAAAGAGAAUAAGAAACAAAAAAGCACAUUGACUGCUAAAACAUCUGAUUCGAAGAAGCAUAAAGACUCCAUUCUUGAUAAUAGCUGUCAUGUAGAAGGUGAUUCUUUCCCUGUCACAUCUGAUAAUACCGUUAAGGAGGAUCAAUCCUACAUCAUAAUGAAUGUUCCAGACCCUGAUUUCCACAAUUUUGACGUGGAUAGAACUGAGAAUGCCUUUGCUGAGGACCAGGUAUGGGCUGCUUAUGAUGAUGAUGACGGAAUGCCUCGUUAUUAUGCUCGGAUUCACAAGGUGAUAUCCAUGGAGCCAUUUAGAAUGCGAAUCAGCUGGCUUAACUCUAGAAGCAACAGUGAAUUGGGUCCCAUAGAUUGGAUAGGUGCUGGAUUUACUAAAACUUGUGGGGACUUUAGGACUGGCAGGCAUGAAAUCACUGAGUCAUUAAAUUCAUUCUCACACAUGGUUAGGUGGACAAAAGGCAACAGAGGAGUCAUUCGUAUCUUUCCGCUGAAAGGGCAAGUCUGGGCUCUUUAUAAGGACUGGUCUCCCGAUUGGAAUGAACAGACUCCAGAUGAAGUGAUACACAAAUAUGAUAUGGUGGAGGUGCUUGAAGAUUUUGACGAGGAGCUCGGGAUAUUAGUUGCGCCGUUGAUUAAGCUUCGGGAUUUCAGGACUGUGUUUAGAAGGCAUGCUGACCCUGAUCGGGUGACGAGGAUUCCUAAAGGGGAGAUGUUUCGCUUUUCUCACCAGGUUCCUAAUUACAUGCUUACAGGCGAAGAAGCUAAUAAUGCUCCAAAGGGUUGUCGAGAGUUGGAUCCAGCAGCUACACCUUUAGACCUUCUUCAAGCCACUAUGGAAUCUAAUGAGGGAUUGGGUGCUAAAAGGCUUGAUGAAGACGCUUUGCCCAAUUCAACUGAAACGGAGAAAGCUUCAGAUACAAGAGGAGCGGAUCAGUUGAACGAGAUUUUUACAUAGCAAAGGUUGAUAGAUGACUCCACACAAAAUAGAAAAGCAAGUUAAGGUGACGGAUGAUGCAAAUAGGCUUAAAAAAUUAAAUUGAACAUUGAUGAAAUUACACCCUCUUAGUUGAAUCUUGAUUUUGUAAGCUUCACCCGGAUAAUCCAUAGUGCUUUUUUUGGUUCAUAAUUCGAUCAAAGGGAUCCACAGCUUCUGUUUUCAAACAGCUUCUUCCGUUUGGCUGUACAACUUUGAGAAUGUUAUUUGUAGACUUGUUUAUGUCCAUAGUCAAAGGUCAAUGUGUCCAUUCCGCAGGCAACAAGAUUUAAAUUAUGAUGUCACUUAGUGACAACUUCUUUC